AUGGGCGAAGUCGAAGAACCGAUCCUUGUGCUGAACGGCAGGGAGCUCGUCUCUCAAAAAGCGGUGUUCAGCGACCACAAGGAGGCCAUGUCGCACUGCGCUGAGCUGAUGGGGAUCAGCAAGGGCAAGCAGCGCCGUGACGGCAGUGGGGGCACAGAGCGGUGCACGGCGGGCAUGGCGGUGGCGCAGGAGCUGCUGGACCUGCCCGCAGGUGGUCCCCACCACCACAUUCCCCCGACCUCAUCUCCCCACCCACCCCCUCCUACCUCCCUCCCUGACUGGGCAUCCCAAGGGCAUGGCGGUGGCGCAGGAGCUGCUGGACUGUCCGCAAGGUGGCCCCCGCCCCACACCCAACCCACCCCCUCUCCCUCUGACUGCCAUGGGCAGGGCAUGGCGGUGGCGCAGGAGCUGCUGGACUGUCCGCAGGUGGCGGUGUUUGACACGGCGUUCCACAGCACCAUCCCGCCGCAACGCCUACAACGUACGACCCUGCCCUACCGCCUCUACAAGGAGCUGGGCGUGCGGCGCUAUACGGUUUUCAUGGCACCAGCUACAUGUACCUGCUCAGGGAGACGGCGAGGCAGCUGGGGAGAAGGAGAGCGAGAUGAACAUGAUCACAGCUGCACCUGGGGGCCGGUGCGAGUAUGGCGUGCAUCAAGGAGUGAGUGGGACAGCAGUGCUGGAAAUUAUGGAGUUUCACUGUGGCGACUGGCCUGUGGUCGACUCUAA